UCCGCCCGCGCCGCUCGGCGGGGACAAAGCGCGGCGCCGAGCGGGGGCCAUGUCGUCCGCAGGCGGCCGCCAGCCCAGCCAGAGCCGGGCCAUCCCCACCCGCACCGUCACCCUCAGCGACGCCGCGCAGCUCCCCGCCGACUACUGCACCACCCCCGGCGGGACGCUCUUCUCCACCACGCCGGGAGGCACCCGGAUCAUCUACGACCGCAAGUUCCUGCUGGACCGCCGCAACUCCCCCAUGGCCAAGACCCCGCCUUGUCACCUCCCCAAUAUUCCCGGCGUCACCAGCCCCGGCGAGGCCGGCGAGGAGCCCAAAGCGGACGCCAACAGCUUGAACCACCAGGAGAACAAGCCAUCCAUGGGGGACGAUGCUCAGUUCGAGAUGGAUAUCUGAGCGGGAACCACAGAGAGGCAGCGACUCCCCAGACCUGUGCACCCCCCAUUCGGCUUAGCAGGAUCCGUCCCGGCGAGGCGGAGGUGGCAGCGGUCCCCUCCCCGCCCUCCUCCUCCCCCUCUUUCUUUGGGGGAGUGCGGCUCUGUCUUCUCCCCCUUUACGGGUGACUGGUCCUAGCAUGUGCCAGACGGAGCAUCCCUUCUGGAUCCGGCCCUAUUCCUCCUCUUCCAGCUGCCAGCAGCCUGAUCUCCACCAGGCUUCUUUUUAAAAUGUCCCUUUGCCUCCUCUGCUGCCUCGUGCCCCCCUCAAAAUUCCCCUCUUGUUACCCAAACCUCCCAUUGCCAGCAGCUUAGUGUUCUGGAGCUGUGUCAUCCUUUGUCCCUUUCUCCUGGAAAAUCUGGGCAGCCUUUCAGGAGGAGGGGGAAACAUCACUGCUAAAAUCAUGCACCUGUUUGCACCCUGGGGAGGGUAUUUUUUGAGUUUCCCUGGGAUGUGUUAGCAUUCAGUGAAGGACAACAUUGGGAGUUCCCUUCGGUGCUCUGGGAUCUGAUGUAGUCCCUGAUGGAAUCAGCCAGCAUGUCCCCAUCUUUCCUACCUGAAUUUCUUCCAUCUUGGCCCUCCAGCCAGGGGCUGUGUCCCCAGCCCGCCAGCUAGGACUCACAGCAGUGUAGUCAUAUAUUAUAAAAUCCCCUUGCUUUUAUUUUUGGUACUAAAAAGGGGCACUUUACCCCCAGCAACUUUUUCUGGGCUGGGGCCGAGUGCCUCUGGGAAAGUGCUUUGUAGUGCUCGUUUUUUUUUUUUUUUUUUUACCCCCUUCCCCCCGGCCCUUUAAAAUGUGAAUCCUACAGGGGGGAGAUCCUUCUGACACCGUUGGAUGUCUCAGGAAUCACUGGGUGUCCCUGGGGGCUGCAGGGGCUCACCAGACACCACAGGGAUGGGGUGCUCUCCUUGCAGGGUGCUGCCAUUGAUGCCAUCCUCUGCUUAGUUUCCAGGAUGGGAUUUCUCCCAGCCGGAUCACACUGCCGUGGAUAAAGCAUUUCCACAUUAACCUCCCCUUUCCCAGCCUGGCAUGCCGUGGCCAUCUUGAACCUCCCCUGGAGAUGGGAUUUAUUUUUCCCCCCUCUCUCCGUGCAACUCUUGCACCCUAAUUGGGUGCACUCCCCAAUCCCACCAGCACCCCCAGCUGUGAUUUUUUUACUGCCUGCUGGGAGCCAUCACCAGCUCCACAAUCUCAAGUGCCAUUUUAUCAGCCCCCACCUGAGUGCCUGCUCCAUCCACCUUCCCUUCCUCGCCAGGGUCGCUCCCCCCACCUCGGUACCCAGCCCUGGGGGACCCGUGCUGGGGAGGGGGACAUCCCACAGGCUUUGUGCACUUUCCAUCCCGUAAUUUAUUUCUCUAGGUGUGUUUGGCACGGGGCGGGCUGGUGGCAAGUUCCCAUCUUCCAGCUGCUUUUCUCACAAGGAGGGGGGUGGUGGGCCUGCCCCCUCGUUUUGGGAGUGGGGAGGAAGAAGCAAAAGCACAACCCCCAGGGAAUGGGGUUGUCUUUCCCAUCCUUUCCCUGGCGGUGAGCGCGGUAGCCCGCCCGCCGUAGGCGCACGAGUGAGUGAGUGCGAGUAGCAAUAUGUAUAUGUGUGUGGGUGGGUGGUGAUAAGACACACACAAAUAUAUAUAUUAUAUAUAAAUAAAUAUAUUUUCCUUGAAGCGAAAGAUCCUAGGAGGUCGGUUAGGCCCUCGGAUCGAGGGAGGGGCAGGGGGCGAGGACAUCCUUGGCAGAGCGGGGACGGCCACCGUGGAUGCAGGGACCUGGCGCCCUCAGCACAGCUGCUUGUUUUGGGAAACCUGCUCUGCUAGCCAAAAAUAAUUAGACCAUAUCCAAGGACAACGUGACUUAAUGGGCAGGAGCCGGAGGGAAACCUUUUUUGUUGUUUAUUUUUUUUUCCUCUUAAGUGUCCCCUUUCCCAGCCUCCUCGUGUCUCUGUUCCCCAUCCCAGCAAUUUUCUUCCGGUUCUCUUGGAAGCAGGCUUGGGGCUGAGCAGGGAAGGGAGUGCCUGGCCUCACCGGGGCGUUCCUCUGCUAGUCAGGGGAUCCAUUUGGGAUUUCUGUUGUUUUUUACCGUCUCUUCAAGCAGGUGUUUGGGAGGAGAAAAGCUCUCGCCAGUGGUUGCUGUUACAGUGAGAUCAAUAAAGAUUUUGGUUCUUCUAAAUCAAGGUGAUUUGGACUGUGAUUCAGGGGCCGGGGAGGAUUUUCCUUUUCCCUUCCCUUUGGAGCAAGCUUCCCUCAUGGGGGUCAUGGCCAG